AUGCCCGCCUUUUCCCGGGGCUUCGACGCCUUCAUGCGCCAGAAUUCCUUCCGCCUCCCCUCCUCUCUCCGCGCAGCCCUCUUCGGAACACGAGAAUCCUUCUUCACACCCACCACGCUUCGCCAAAAUCGCUCCUUCACCUCGUCCGUACUUCGACGCUACCAAUAUUACAAGAGUACUGUUGUCACACCAAAAGCCAGUGGAUUUGUAAACAACGACCCAGUCCUACGCCAAGUAGUCCAAACCCGUCAGCCUAUCCUACUAUACCAAGCGCCUAAGAACAAAUGGUACUAUCUCAAGGUAUACGGAACGGGGGCAUUAUGGAUAGGAGUUGGGGCAUAUUCCAUCAAAUUCAAUGACGACAUCAAAGACAAGGGAUUGUCCUUCUUCGUACGACCAACGUAUAUCGUGGUAGGAGUGAGCUUCGUUAUCAUCGGCUGUUAUAUCUGUACAGCGCCUAGCAAUCGCAUGCGAGCGUUGGAAAUACUCCCAAGUUUGCAGGGCGGGCCCAUGCAAUUGCGCAUGACUGUCAAGCCAGUGCCGUGGCUGAAAGAGCGCGUCAUAUACUCGAAUCUAGGAGCAGUGACGAUAAGUGAGAAAACGGAACCCAUGGUGCAAGAGUUGCUUGAGGCAGAACGUUUCAGGAAGCAAAGACUAUGGGACGACUUGGGACAUAUGAACAUUGCGGCCCGUGUCUGGGAAGGAUCUGCGCGCUGGGUGCAUCAGAAGUGGACAAACUUCUUCUUGAAGUUUAAAUUCGCAGUACUGAGGUUCGGUAUCGCGAAGGUCAAAGUGGGGGGAGACGAGUGGAAGAUCGACUGCUCGGGCUACUUGUUGGAGAACGGCAAAGCGGUCGACCGAAUCAUUCCCGAAGAGUAG